CAGUUGUUUGACUGCGUAGUCGUACAUCGACUGUUGCAAUAAACGCACUGUUAAAACAUGAAAAAUUUAAUUUUUACUGUGUUAAGUGUGGGUGUUUUUUUAAUAUUAACGGAAGGAGUGAAGGUAUCUUUAUAUUAUGAGGCCCUCUGCUACGAUAGUUCAAGAUUCUUAGCAUAUCAGCUUUACCCCGGUUACGCAAGUCUUAAGAACUAUAUUCAGUUAGAAUUAAUUCCAUUUGGCAAAGCCACACACAAUUUCUAUAAUAACAAAUGGAUUUUCGACUGCCAACAUGGUCCAACCGAAUGUAAAGGCAACAAAUAUCAGUCUUGUGCCUUAGCUCAAAAUAGUGGUCAAGACAAAGAUCUGGCAUUUGUUCACUGUGUGAUGAGAGAAACAAAUCCUGCAGAUGUUGCGAUAAUGGAAUUUUGUGCUAAAAGAAUAAAUUUGAACUGGGAAAAAAUUUCCAAAUGUGCUAGAAGUCAUCAAGGGGAUGAUCUACUCGCUCAUAAUGGCAAUAAAACAAAUAAUUUGGAACCAAAUAUUUCUUUUGUGCCGACAAUCGUAUACAAUGAUGAAUUCGACGACUAUCUGCAAGAAAGGUCACUUGUUGAUUUUGCUGCUGUUGUUUGUAGCAAAAUUAAAGGAGAGAAGCCAACUGCGUGUAGAGGAAAGAGAUUGCCAGAAAGGAGAAAUUUCCAAGACUAUUUUUCCGAUUGAAAGAUGAUUUUUAUUUCUAAUUUUUUAAUUCUUAAUCUAAUUAAUUAAAUGAAACUUUGUAUAGUCGUAUAUGUUAUCUGAAGUAUUUGUCGACAGACAUUAGUGCACUCGAGUUAGAUUAAAUCUGUCCACUCGGCAUGAUUCAGCAGAUUUUUCGGAAAAUUUACGACUCCACGUAUAAUCAGUGACUAUAAAUAAAAUUUUUUGUUUUAUUCUUAAUAAAAGUCUUUAUUAUAACAUUAAAUCGCUUACAAAAUUAAUCAAUAGAAACAUCUUUCUUGAAGAAAAAGUUAGAGUUCGGAUUUUCGUGAAAAAUUAUAGUUUUGUGUCAGUAUUUUUGAUAGUUUACGAAACAUAAAAUCCGAAAUCUAACGAAACAGUUAACAGUUUAUAUAAUUAUUAUUAACGAAAUAAAUUUUAUAACUCAAAUCACAGCUUCAAGUUGAUGAGAAUUUUAUAAAUUUAACAAGAGCUUUUUAUUGAUGGGUCAAAAUGUUCCUUUUAUUUAAAUUUAGUGCUUUAAGUUGUUAGUGUGUCCCUAAAAUCUGAGAUAAAUUCGAUUAAAGUUUAACAAAAAUGUUUGCAAAAACUCAACAUUUAGAACACGCCUUUAGUUUUUACUCGGACCACAUUUUAGGACAAUACUAAAAUUUUUUGGUUAACAACGUUAGAGUAUAAUACCAUCGAUGUUUGUUUUUUAUCAAAACUCUAGUUUCUAAACUAAAAUUAAAAUAUAAAAAAAACUAAAACUAAAUUAUUAAAAUAUAUAAAUCCCAUUAGGUACAUAAAAAUAACUUAUUAAUUUCUAAAAAAUAAAAAAAAAUUCGUCGAAAGUUAUUUCGGCAGAACUUCCCGAGCCCCUGAACUACAAUAAAACAACUUUUUCGAAAAAGUAUAAAAUUUGAUUUUGUGAAUUUUAUCUUUUUUAUGAGAAAUAAUAAAAUAAAAGUAUACCUAGAUGUAAUGUUAAUGUAAACGUAAGAAGCGUGUUACGGGUAUGUUUCAAAUGAG